GGAUCCGCCUUUCCGCUGCACGAGGAAUAAAGUCCGGGGUAUCGUUUCGGUGAAGCUUGAACUUUAAUAAUUGACGAAGGAAUACUUCAACAAAGUCUUUCUCUCACACCUACCUACAUAGUAGCAACACUCAAUUGAUACCCAACUUUCACUCUCUCAUUCUAAAGAGUCAAUAUAUUCCUUCAAUGUCUCGCAGCCCACAGGAAGAAUGUCUAGGCUCUCAGCGGGAAAUAUACUCACCAAUUUAUUUCCCUCGUCGUCCAGCACCUGUUGAUGUCGCCAACUACCACGGCGAAUCGGUUUUCUGCACACCACCUCUUUUCGGUCCUCUCCUUUUCGAUAAUGUGGACUCCGACUGUCGCGAUCAUUGUGCUAAUGAGCGAACGUUUCUCUCCUACCUCCGCCUUUCCAUUUAUAUGACUAUCGUUUCCCUCGCCAUAGUGCUUUCCUUUCAUUUGAAAUCUACUCCCACCCAGCUCGAACUGCGCAUGGCACAACCUCUUGGCAUAAUCUUUUGGGUACUGUCUCUUCUUUGCUUGGCCUUAGGAUUUGGGAACUAUAUGAAGACGGUCAAUAAAUAUAGUCGGAGAGUGGCUAUUGUGCAGAGCGGGUGGAAGACUCAAGGGGUUCUUUCAACAGUUGCACUCUCAAUAAUAGCAGUUUGUGUUUUGUUUUUGGCAACAAGUUCAAAAAGAACAUAGUAUGAGAAACCGAAUUAUCAGAGUUUACAAAGGUAUUACACGAUUUUAAGCCUGUUAAGCAUGAGCACGGCGCUCUUCAAGUCAUUCUGUUUACUUGCAUGAUUCAUACCAUCAUCGAGUCCAACACUUACUACAUAAGAUUCGGGACUCGGCUCUUUGACCAUAGCCCUUUUCGGAUAACUUGGUCAUAUCUGUUUCUAGACUUCAGCGUCCGAUCAAGUAACAUCCCAAAGUGUCCGCUGGGAUCAGAAGUUGCAUCGCGGGGGUUUUGAAGGGGAUAAACUCAUGAAUAAUGAAGUAGAACUAGCCGAUCAUUUGGCAAUAUUUAGACAGGUUUGAAAUUAUUAUGUAUGUGAUGAAACUAAGUUAUGAAUAUGCAGAACUAGCAGAAAGACAAAGGGGGAAUUGACAAUCUUCAAAGACUCUGGAUCGC